GACUGAGUGUCAUGGCCACCCCUAAUUGCAAAGGAGGUUGGGAAAGGAGGAAGUUGAAUUGCCAGACUGACUCGAGCUAUUUUGCCUGAGGUUUGGCCUGAGUCUGAGUUCUGCUAACAAGUCACAAGAAAGUGGGUAGUGUCUGGCUUAUGUACAGAAGUACGUCGUGAAGAAUUAUUUCUACUAUUACCUAUUCCAAAUUUCAGCUGCUUUGGGCCAAGAAGUGUUCUACAUCACGUUUCUUCCAUUCACUCACUGGAAUAUUGACCCUUAUUUAUCCAGAAGGUUGAUCAUCAUAUGGGUUUUGGUGAUGUAUAUUGGCCAAGUGGCCAAGGAUAUCUUGAAGUGGCCCCGUCCCUCCUCCCCUCCAGUUGUGAAACUGGAAAAGAGACUGAUUGCUGAAUAUGGAAUGCCAUCCACCCACGCCAUGGCGGCCACCGCCAUCGCCUUCACCCUCCUUAUCUCUACUAUGGACAGAUACCAGUAUCCAUUUGUGUUGGGACUGGUGAUGGCCGUGGUGUUUUCCACCUUGGUGUGUCUCAGCAGGCUCUACACUGGGAUGCAUACGGUCCUGGAUGUGCUGGGUGGCGUCCUGAUCACCGCACUCCUCAUCGUCCUCACCUACCCUGCCUGGACCUUCAUUGACCGCCUGGACUCAGCCAGCCCCCUCUUCCCCGUGUGUGUCAUAGUUGUGCCGUUCUUCCUGUGUUACAAUUACCCUGUUUCUGAUUACUACAGCCCAACCCGGGCGGACACCACCACCAUUCUGGCUGCUGGGGCUGGAGUGACCAUAGGAUUCUGGAUCAACCAUUCCUUCCAGCUUGUAUCCCAGCCGGCUGAACCUCUCCCUGUCAUUCAGAACAUCCCACCGCUCACCACUGAUAUGUUCGUUUUGGGUCUGACCAAAUUUGCAGUGGGAAUUGUGUUGAUCCUCUUGGUUCGUCAGCUUGUACAAAACCUCUCGCUGCAAGUGCUAUACUCAUGGUUCAAGGUGGUCACCAGGAACAAGGAGGCCAGGCGGAGACUGGAGAUUGAAGUGCCUUACAAGUUUGUUACCUACACAUCUGUUGGUAUCUGCGCUACAACCUUUGUGCCAAUGCUGCACAGGUUUCUGGGACUACCCUGAGUCUCAAACAGUUGGAAACUAGCCCACUGGACAUGAGAGCCAAGACGUAGGAAAGUUAUUGGUAGGCAAAUCUUGACAACUUAUUUUUCUUUAACAACAACAACAAAAAAGUCAUACGGCUGUCUUGCUACUACCAGAUAAAUGAUGCUGCUGUGUGAAAGGAAAAA